CGUCUUCCUUCCUCCGGCCUUCCUCCUCGGCGUGGUUUUGGUUUUGUUGUUUUUUGGGUGUGCCCCAGUUCCCAGAUUCUUUCUUUUCUUGUUAUCGAGAAUAUUCAAACGGCGAAGAAAAGAAUCCAUAUGGCCAUUUACGAGUAACCACUGUUUGUGCUCUCUGCGAGAAAAUUCAAGUAUUCAGUAUCAUUUUCUUUAUGGGUUCUAUUUUAUUUCUCUUUCCACUUCUUUGGCUAGCCUUACAUGGGAAACAGAGCCGUGAAGCAACCACAGGAACAAAGGGGAGAAAUCUUCUUGAAGAUAGUGCCUCCUUUGGACCAAGCAUACCUUAGAUGGCUCGCUCGUGAUCUCGAGAGGAUUCAUGGCUUCACCCCAAGAAAUCCUCGUGCCGUGAAGCCUCCGGAUCACUACAUAGAGUUCAUGCGCUUGAAUGGAUGGUUGGAUGUGAGUUUAGAUGAUCCAGAUCUCGCACAUUUAUUCAAAUAGCCAUUAUCUUGCAAAUUUGAAAGUGUACCAGUGUGAAGUAUCUAUCCUCUAUCUUCUUGUAGUGGUAGUUCAAAGUUCAAAGACUCUCAUCUGUCAUUUGGAGGUAAUUCUUUUUAUAUCAAGCAGUUGUCCAUUAGCAAUUUCUGAUAAUGAGGAAUUAUGGAAUAAAACUGUGUGGUGGCCAAACUGUCACUUCAGUCUAAUGUUUGUAAUGUCAUUAUUUACUCCAUGGAUGAACUUAAUUAAACGACUUUACUUCAGUUGAAAAUUACGUUCUUUAUCAGCAA